CAAUGACGUUUCAAGUUUGGUCACAUGACGUGUGCCAAAAGAUAUUUUAAAUUCAAUAUUUACAAAAAUAUGGUCAUUAUAGGUCCCCUAAAAGUAGUUUAACAUGUUCUUAUAAUCCAAAAGAAUUUAUUGGGAUACAAUUCUGCCCUAAGAUUUGUAGAUGGAAACAACCCUAUUUCGAUUUUCCCGGUAGGCCCUCUAGCACUGGGUACUAACUGAAAUAACCGAACGGGACAGUCUUAUCUUAUGUAACUUUCAGUAGGAGUAGCAGAGAAAGCGCUAUUAUUGUUUGUCCUUGUCAUAGUCUCACUUUUCCUUUCCACCUACGUCUAAAAAGUCCUAAGAGACGGAGACGCUUUUUGUUGCCCACCAUUCUUAUAUUGGACAACAAAUAAUCCAACCGAAUUACAUAGUUUGUUUUUGGUAUGUUGUCAGGAAUGUAUUUUUAAUUUGUAUGUCUAUGGCGCAUUGCGUAUGUUCUGUCCCUCACGGGCGCGUGCGUAUAGCACAUCUAUACGAUUCUACCAUCUAUGCUUCAUCUUCAGGAAUAUUAUAUCUAUGGUCUUAGUAACAAAAAAUACAAAAAUUGGUUGGGCAGUGUGUAGUGUGCUUAAGGAUGAUGUCAUUGAUGUCAUUUUACUUUCCACAGUACAAUACAAUACGUAAAUACGUUUCCGUUUGUUGACUUUUGUUGUAUUUUGAAGCCGGUUUGUUAUCUAAAUAUUGUCAUAUUGAAAACUGAAAUUCACAUUGCAGAUUCAACCAAGAUGACUCCUUCAAUCAACUUAUCAGGAAACCUGGGACAACGACAUCGGAGCUUCAACACUUUGGUCAAUGAGGCUUACCUCCAAAACACACCUGUCCCCGACCAGAAACUUCCUGAAGAAUCUUCCUUAGAACGACUUUUCAAUAUAGACCUUGCGUCAAAGAAUAAGAACGUAGAUUAUAUCAUAUACACCCUUAAAGAUUAUGAUAUGCUGUACGUUAGCAGAGCGUUAAAAAGCCUAUGGUUUCUAGAUCCAGAACAUUCGAAGAUAAUCAACGCAAGUUACCUAGAACAUGAACUCUUCCCUCAGAUGACACUACCAGCUGUGAACAAGAUGAGACACUGGAUCCAGAUUCAUUUAAAAGAUCCAGAACGAUGUAAAGAAUUUUACCAGUAUUAUAAAGAUCAGAAUUUCGAUAUAGCUGCCAAAUUUCUGUGGCAUUGUUACAACGAAUACAUAUUAGGUGAAUUCAGUGACAUAUUGGACAAAAUCACGCCGAAGUUAUUGAAACGCCUUAGUGAAAAGAUUCCUCAAAUCAUGAAGAUUUAUUACGAUAAUUUAAAGAACAAUGAAAAACUUUUGAAAUAUUAUCUAGAGAAUGAUUCCAAGUUUUUCGCUAAUGUAAAAUAUCUUUUAAAAUCGGAUGCUGAUGUAUUUUUCUAUAUAAUAGAAAACUUCUUCGUUCAUCAGGAGUUCAGUGCAUUGAACUCUGCAAUUUCAAAGUAUAUAAUGAAACACCACAAAAACAGAUUUCUGUGUAAGCCAGAGUUGUAUACUGUAUGGUUUCUUGAUACUAAAACAGUAGCAAAAUAUUUAAGUUCAGAAGAAAUCAAGGAUCUGGUGUUUAAACUAGCAAGAGCAGAGUAUCUAAAUUCUUGGUUUUCAUACCAAAACGUGGAGCCCCUAAUAAAACGCUUAAGUAAAGACGAAAGAACAGCCUUCAAGAAUUUAGUAUUCGUUGAUAAAGCAUUUGGAGCCACUGUAAAAGAAUGGCCGUAUCCGAUACCAACUCCGCCAAAGUUAAAAACACCUCAGACAAGCCUAUUUGAUGAUGCCGAAAUAAGACACUUCGACCCUUAUUACGACUUAGAGGAUUGUUUAAUGGAUUGUGGUGAGUCUCUUCGUAUGCCGUUUCUAAAUAAACGGGAAUAUGUUCAAUGGGGAUGCAAGGAAACGCUUUUAGACCAGCUGUUUGACAAAUAUCGUUUCUCUAAUUACAAGCAAACUUAUAAUGAUCUCAAAAAACAGUUAAGAGCUGAGAGCUCUCCACAGAACCGGCAGUUCAUGCUCCUUGUUCUCGUGAGUAAGACUGGUGGGCGCACUGAAGACCUAGUGUCUUUAUUAGAUCUUCUAUUGCAGUACAAGAACGAGCCCGUCCAUAUUCGAGCUGCUAUUAUCAGGAGUUUGGUAAAGCGAGCGUUUGUGUGGCGUCUGCCGAGCGAGUAUUGGGUGAGGCUCUUAGAAUGGGGACACGGACUGGGUUUAGAUGGAAGCGCUCAUGAAGCGGAUUGCCGCGAGGGACUGCAUGCAGUAGUGAUACGAGAUUUGCUCGCUAACGUUAAACCGCGUCAGGCAGUUUGGGAAAAGUUUUUGACUGACUUCGAUACUUUAAAAGAGUAUUCUUUUACGGUUGAAGAGCGUAGUCGUGUUACCACUCGUCUACCGGCGUUGCUUCUAGAAGACGCUCAGUCCCAAGAAAAACCCAAGUUGAAGCAACUGCGGUACUUGUUAAAUACGUUAGAGUCAUACAAUAUGCGGUAUGACUAUUUUCCUGGCACAAUCGAUGCAAUAGCAUCAUCUGUAAAGUGGUAUUGGAAUUCUGAUGAUGAUGAAUUGCGAACAGAUACUAAAUGGUUGCUCAGUCAACUUUAUGACGCUAGAGUGGCGAGAAAACGUCUUAUAAAAGAAUUCUUUGAAAUGUAUCAGACUGACGAGUCUUAUAUCAAUGCACUGAGACACGAUAUAUCUAUUCUCGAGAACACUGAAGAAUAUGAAAAAAAUAUCGACGCUAAAAAUUUGCAACAUAAAAGGUUUUUUCAGAAAUUAGCGCUUUUCUUCAUGGAGAAGGACGGAUUGGGGAAACGGUAUUGCGCUAUGCUAGAACAUCGAGCCACUUCUGAGAUCGAGAAAACGGUAGCAAAGGCCAACGCUCACUUUUCAGAAAAAUCUGGAACUAAACCAGGACGUCUAAUGCUAGCUAGGCCCCUGGCACUGCUUUCUGGUUCUACUUUUCCUUCGCUUUUAGAAACCUUCGAUGCAGCGCCUCCAAAAACAACUAAGCGACGACUGGCUGCCGCGUUUAGAGCUAACGCACACUUUGUUAGACCAGCUUUCGACUUGGAAUCCUUCGGAUGGCGUAAAGCAGGGGCUAAGGCUGUAGCGAACCGCAUAGCUACAUGUAGAAAAGUCGAUGUUGAAGAGUGUCUUACUAAGACUUUGUCCUGGAGGCGCACGUACCGACUGGCACUGGUACUAGCGAGACGAGUCGACAAAGAACGGGAUGUAUUCAAAGUAUAUUCUUCUGAAAGACCUACUAAAGCGCUCCAAGCGGCAUUGCGAUACUUCCAUUAUAAGGGAGAUAAUUCAGACCCAAGUGUUUGGGACAUGGUGAAGUCACGCAUUUCUGAAGCAGAUCCUCGGCAAUUGGGUUCCUACUUAGAAUCAGCAGAAUCAGUACCAGAAGCUAUUAAGGCUGAGUAUUGCUUCCUUGUCUACUUAGCAUUUAAACAGCGUGUGCCUGAUUUGGAGUGGAAUGCUUUUUUGAAAAUCCCUGCUGUUUUACCAAAGUUAGACGAGAAAUAUAUUUACGACGCGAACGAUGCUUUACUCGAGGAUUAUUUUCCAACGAAAGCAAUGGAUUAUAAUAAAAGGGAAUGCAGGUUUUUGUAUACACAGACAAUUGCCAAAUUCCUUGUUCUUAGUACUACUGAAGAUAUGUUGGAGGAAAGAUUUAGUAAGGUAGGAUUACCAUUACUUAAUCGACUUGAAUUGUUGUGGAAAAAAUCUUCCCGCAAAGACCCUCCAGAUCAAGAUUUCAUUGAUUCUUUUCUGUUUUAUCUAAGAUACAACAAAGCAUAUUUCAAUUCUAAAUACGUAUCGUGUCUGCCCGUGUUGGAGAAAAUCACUGAAUGGAUGCACGGGUUUUUACCUGUAGAGAAGUGGUUUGAGAAAUACGUGUCAGUGCAUUUAACUAUGCUUUAUUUUAAAACCGUGAGACAUUGCAUCAAAGAACAUCCAGAGUUAUUUGAAGAAUUCAGAAAACUAGAAGGCGCAUAUAUGUUGGGAACGAUUUUCGGCAAAUUUAUAGCAAAUGAGAUAGAAGAAUUGAACAAAAAAUAUUUUCCUACUGUAACAGAAGUGUAUGCUGCAGAUCUUGAGGAUUAUUUCAAUAAGCAUUUUUAUAGUACAUUUGAUGAAAGCGUUGAGAAAUUCACAAUGGCUGUCUUAAACGGACUGAUGACGAAUAAGUCGGUAGCUUCAUGUAUUCUUGCAAAAUAUGCUUUCAAGCAAAUUCGGGAUCGAUUAAAGAGUGAUUAUGUGAAGGACAUUUUUAACAAAUUUAAGGAGAGUGAGGUAAAAGAAUUACAUUUUGCGCAUUACGUUGAGUCACAGUAUAUCGAUUUUCAAAUAAGUAUGUGAUUAUUUAAUUGCUUAAGCACGUUACGCUUUAAUUGUAUGUAAAAUACCUCUAUAUUUUUUGUUUUAAACUUAUUCUACAUUCGCGGUAUUUAUAUUAGUCAAGUACCAUAAUUGCCUUUUAAAAGAUAUCUCCGUAUUAUUUAGGAAAAAUGAUAAUAAGGUUGUAGGUAUCUAUUUCUAAGCAAACAAUUGUUUUUUUAUAUAUUUACAUAAAUUAAGGCAGAAUGCGCAAUAUACAGCUUUAGAUCAAUUAUGUAUAUUGGAACUUGUUUAUUAUUAUUCACCAUUACUUUUACUUCAAGAAUAACUGUAACCUUUACUUAUAUAAUAUUGGAAGUAAAAAAAAGUCAUGAAAACUAGCUUUUUUACUAACUAGUAGCAAUUCUUAUAAAAAUAGAAACCAGCAGAUUGACAUAACGUUGUUUGAAUUUAUCAAUAACCACGGGAACAUAGCGUAAUAAAGUACACCCGCCAUUAUGACUGUCAGGAUGGCGGGUGUACUGUUUUUUGAUGAGAACUUUACGUACCGCAAGGUACAAUUUUUUUUAAUGGAGGUACUAAAUAGUACUAAUUAGGUACAAAAAUAUGGUAUGCUUUUCAAUUAUUUUUAUUUAGGUACACCCGCCAUUCUGACUUUUACGAUGUGGCUUGCUGCAUCAUCAUGCUGAGCCAGCGCCAAUUCUCUGCCACGACACAUGGUUAUGUCCUUUUAUGUUUUUAUUUCUUUGUUCAUACCGUUAGUUUAUCUUUUAAUUUAAGUACCCUUCAUUGUUUGUCUCCGGGAUGGUUGGGCUAGACACGCUUCGGAUGAGGAGGAAGUUGUUGUUGUUAGUCCACUAUCUUUCUGUCGUACACCACAGAGUGGAUUGCCCAGCUGUGCUAGAGAGGAUCAGAUUGGUGGUUCCGGUGAGGGUCCCCCCAGGAUAUGAACUGCGUGGCGGUGGCGCCGCGCCGCCGACCGGGCCAGUUGCAGCGCGUGUCCGCUCGCACGUGCCACGCUCGACACGCUCCUACCGCGUGCGCAAUAUCUUUACUGCACUUAAUGGUCACUCAGUACGAGGAGGCUGACAUGUUUGCCGGAAAAUUUGCCCAAUAGGGUUGUUUCCAUCUACAAAUCUUAGAGCAGAAUUGUAUCCCAAUAAAUUCUUUUGGAUUAUAAGAACAUGUUAAACUACUUUUAGGGGACCUGUAAUUACCAUAUUUUUGUAAAUAUUGAAUUUAAAAUAUCUUUUGGCACACGUCACGUGACCAAACUCGAAACGUUUUUGAAGAUUCUGAUGACGUCACAACUCUCAGAUUGACAUUGUUGACAGUUAGGCGAUAAACAACAAAUGAAAAAUGUCAGUUGACAGUUCGUAUCUUCUACGUGUGUAUGUGGUUAAGUGUCAAACCGUAAACUGUGACGUCACACAAUUUUCAAAGAGCGUUUUGGGCGCGAAAGCAUCUGUCAAAAUAUAUUUUGUUAAUUUAACAUAUUUAAAACCGUUUUUAGUAUAAAAGUUGAAUUUUAGGGCAACUUUUAGUUAAUAUAGAACGUAAUACAAGCGUUUCAAAAAAUUUGAAACAACCCUAUUAUGUUGUAUUGCCAAACAGUUCCUAAAUAAUUUGAAUGAAUCAUGAUUUGUUUUAUUAGUAUUUUUUUAUUUAUCUUUAUUUCGUUUUUUUUUAUGAACGAUAAAUAAUUGUAAUUUCUUAUUUGACUAUUUCUUAGCGUGUAAGUGCUUUGGUGUGAUGACAUACUGUAAACUUACAUUGUAUUUAAGUGAAUAAAUAUUGAAUAAGCUGCA